CAAAGAUCCAAAUACACAGGGAUGAAAAUUCUUGCGAUGUGAUUGGUUUACAUUGCAUACGGCCCUCUGAGGAAACAGAAAAUGUUUUGUAAGUUUUAUUUCCUGUAGCUUUGGCGAUUCUGAUUGGAUAAAAGUCGUAGCAUUCGAUCCUUGCUGUGUAAAUAUUGCUAAAAUAUUUAUUUCGGUAAGGCAAAUCACUUCCGCUACGUGCAGUCGUUGAGUCGUUCGUCAGAGUCUUUCUGUUUUGUAUAAAAGAAAAAUAAGGGCCAUCUGUAAUUAAAACAUGUCUGGACGCGGUAAAGGCAAAGCGAAGGGCACCAAAUCGAAGUCGCGUUCUUCAAGAGCGGGCUUGCAGUUCCCAGUUGGCAGAAUUCAUCGUUUGCUUCGUAAAGGAAAUUACGCCGAGCGAGUCGGUGCUGGCGCUCCUGUGUACAUGGCGGCGGUGUUAGAAUACCUCUCGGCAGAAAUUCUGGAAUUGGCCGGUAACGCUGCCAGGGAUAACAAGAAAUCGAGAAUCAUUCCUCGUCAUCUUCAACUGGCCGUACGAAACGACGAGGAGUUGAACAAAUUGUUGGCUGGCGUGACCAUCGCGCAGGGUGGCGUAUUACCGAACAUUCAAGCCGUUCUGUUGCCCAAAAAGUCUGACAAAGGACAGAAAUGAAAGGACAAAGACCGCGUCUUUUUAAUACCUGACAAUUUUGGCCGAGAGAGAGAAAAUUCAGACACUAAACUUCUACAAAAGACUGCAUAAUAAGCUUAAAUGAUAUAUGUCCUGUUUUUCAAAUGAAGCAGAAAAGUUGAGUAAUUCGGUGAGUAGGUUAAUUUACAAGGAUACCUGUAAACGGCUAUUGUAUUUUUGCUUUGGUUUAAGUCUUGUCUAAGCUCAUUUGACUUUGCCGUUCAUUAUCAUGUAUUAAAUGUGAUGCUGACAUGUAAAUAAUUUUUUAAAACUGAUUAUAUUGCUGAAUAAUUUGAAAGCUUAUUAUGUAAGCUUAAUUUUAAUAUUGAAGUUCAGGAAAUACAAACUUAUGUUGUAAUGGUAUUUUCCCUUUUUUUGGAUUCUCAUUAAAGA